UUCAUCCGUCGUUCGCAGAACAGGGAAACCAUCUUCACCCGCAUCGUCAUCUUCACUGUUCCGAUUGCCAUCUCCAGGGUUUGACGGAUCGAAUCUAACAGGGAAAUCAGAUUUGGAUUUGGAGCUCGUGGGCCUGGAAAGUGCGCUUGGGCCAGGUACGUUCAAUUAAUAUCGAGCCCAAAACCCCAAAAGUAUAAAUACAGGCUUUACACGCCUAAAGCCCUACGCCUCCCAUAAUAUUACGUAACUCCCUCCCCACUCUCUCUCUCGUCUCUCUCGAUCAGCAGCAGCGCAAGAAGAGGAAGACGAAGAAGAAGAAGAAAAGAAGGAAAGAAGGGGAAUCCGUUGUCUACACCGCUAACACUACCCGGUAACCUUUAAUCGUUGAAUUCGAGGUGAGUACGUGGACAUCUAACGUAUGGUUAUAGUCAUAGGUUUGAAUCUUACGUUCGUAGAAUCGUUACAGUUGAUCUAUUUGGACUAUACGUGAAUUAUGCCUUUUUUAUGUCGUUUACGGUUUGAAAAGUACGAAUUGAUUUGGAAUUGUUAAAGGAUGGUGAGAUAAUGUGUGAUUGAUGAUUUAGAACCUGUUUAGGCUUGUAUUUUAUGUAAAUGAUGUUGUUUAAUGGGUUAAAAUGGAGCUGGUGCAAAUCUGGUGUUCGCCGCGACAGACGAUAGGUAGGUACCGUUGACACGGUACCUGGCUAUUGCCAGCUUCCCUAUUUUCACCUCUCUCUGCUGGUACCUAUCACCAAACGGUACCUAGGUACUGGGUGGGCGGUAGGCCCUACCGCCGGGUCGGUAGAUGCUACCGUGACAGCCUACCAGUGGGGUACUCCAGCUGACAUGGUCGGUACCCACCCUGGUACCGUGGGGUCGGUAGCCCCUACCGCCAAGGGUACCAUGAGGUACCUGAACCAGUCUGAAUUUGAUGUUUGUGUCAAGGAUCGAUUCCGAGACUAUGUGUGGUGCAUUACGGUAAACAUGGGUGUCAAUACCCAGAGUUAGGCCGCUGUUUCAGUAUGAUGGAUGUGAUGAAUGAUGUUGUAGGCUAACAGUAUACAUGUAUCACAUCAAGCAAAACAUAAUCACUUUACUAAACAAGAUAAGAUCAGAGUUUAAGCGGAAUUACAACGUGCCAGCCACGUAGGACAAAUUUAGGAAAUACAACUUGAUUGGAGUAAUUUAAGAAAAAUAACACGAGCAUAAUAAGAACUUCAAAGAGACAUGUCCACAAACCACACUGAGGUCUUGCUAGCAAUAAUGGAAACUGGUUCACGAGGAAUUUCAGCACGAGAACGGCUACGCACCUAAAACAGUUAUGAGGAGGGGUCAGUACAAUGCCACAUCGUGUACUUCUGAGCAGAGAAAUACGAUAUCCCAAUAAUUUGUUCAUGACAAAUCAAUCACAUUGUCAAUCGUUCCUUUUAUUUGAAACAUAUUCUUUUCUACCCUUGGGGAACCCCUCUUUUGUGCUCGAUCUAACUGAUCAGGUUAUCCUGAAGCACCCGCUGAAGUGUCUAUCUAAUACCACUUUUCAAUCUCACCUCAAAGUGAAAAUAUUAAUACUGUUAAGAGGAAAUCUCGCAGGAUUAGUCGUUUUUUUAAGGAUGAUAUCAUGGUAUUUUAUGGCCAAAGUCUAACCCUACCCCAGAAGCCUCGGUGUUAGGGCGUGUGAGUCUUAGUGGUGGUGCUAAGCCCUAACACCUGGGAGGUACUCAAAAGUAUCUCCUCUUACUUUUGGGCUAGGAAGCAAUCGUAUAAGAUCCUUCCUAUCCGUUCCCAAUAAUAGCGACCGGCACCCAGACCUAUUAUUAUUAUGUGUCCACUUAGGGAUGCAUUAUAAAAUAAAUCUACGGUCGAGAUUUAUCCACCGAUGGCUAUAAAGCCAUUUUCCUAUAGGGCCCAACUAAAAUCUCCUUUGGUUUGUUCAUUUACAUCGGAAAGAGAGAGAGAGAGAGAGAGAGAGAGAGAGAGAGAGAGAGAGAGAAAGAGGUUCGUCCCAGUCGAACAUCUUCCUCGCUCGUGUGUGUUGGCCCCGUCAUUCAUCGAUUUCAAGAAAACAAAGGCAGAGACUACGUUGCAGCGAUGAAGGGGAGUGCCGGAGAUGCUGAGUUUGGGAAGGUAUGAUUAAAAACUUUAUUCCCAAUUUCAUUCCUUUGUGCUAAAUUUAUUUAAAUUCUUGACCACUUCCGUCAAGAUCCCCAAUUGUUAUAUCUUUCAAUUUUAGGUAUCAUAGAAAAUGGAUUUAUGACAAUUUUGAAGAUUUUUUCUUCGUCCUUAGUGUUAAUUUUUUUGAUAAGGGGUUUAGAAAACCCUAGUUGUUCUUAAUCCAAACUGUGUUAAUGAAACCCUCUUUAUUGAAAAAUAUGUUGGAGCAAAGCUUGAUUUUAAAAAAUACUCAAUCUAUUCCUUUAGAUUUUAAAAAUUUUACUCAACUUAGGAAUAUGGAGAAACCUGUGUAGAAUUUACAUGUCCGUCACUCUUCUUUGAUCUCUCUCUCUUUUUUUCAACAGUUCCCUUAUGCCUCUCUCUCGAAUUACAUAAUUGUUUUUGAACCAAAUCGUCAAGGUUAAUAACGUCCGUUGGCAUGAUUUUCUUAGUUGCCAAUUUCUUUUAAACAACUUUUUAAUGCCAAAAAUAAGUUUAUAAAUUGGAACCCCUAAACUGAGUGGUAUUUUUUUCUAUUCACUUAUAUGUAUAUAAAAAAACAUAGUAGGAAUAUAAUAGACUAUCAUAAACAAUUUAGAGGUAUAAAGUAUUAUUCACACUCACCUUAAUGUAGUCUCCCUUCUUUGGCAGCAGGUAUUGUGUAAGGCUUUGGCUUGGUUAUAAUGGUUCUUUAUCAGGUUUUUGUAAAAAGUACGGGCAGAGAGUGGAGUUCUUUUUUUAAUUAUUUAGGAGGGUGUUUUGUAAGAAGUAAAGACUUGUGGAAAUUCUGCAUAUUGAACUUUUGGAUGUGGGGGUUUAUAUAGUGUUAAAAUUCCACUCUAGCUUUGUAAAAUAAUGCCGAGUAGAUGGAUUGGUUGAAGUACUCUUAUCAUCCUUUAUUGUAUGAACACACCAUUUGAGGCUCUUAUUGGCAAUGUAUCCUUAUUGAAUAUUAAUAAGAGUGGACCUUCAUG